AUGUACCACAGACACAACGCGGGUCAUCUGUUCUCAGGUGGACCUCGAAUAAUUUAUUCUUCGUUGCUGAAUGUGAAUGUUUCAACGAAGCCUGAUGUCGAUUUUCCUAGCAAAUUCUCCAGCGUGGUCGGACUGGGAAACGCAUGGUUUAUCCCACUGGCUUUCAUCUAUCAUGGAACUCUUCAACGAGCUAUUGGUUUUAGACCGGAUAAACCACUGGAAGAAGACAUCACAGACUUCGGUUUUGCUAAGCGUGUGAAAGGACGCACUUGGACUCUUUGUGGCACUCCGGAAUAUUUGGCCCCGGAAAUUAUUUUGAGCAAGGGCUACAAUAAGGCGGUCGAUUGGUGGGCCCUCGGUGUACUUAUCUACGAAAUGGCUGCUGGUUAUCCUCCAUUCUUUGCUGAUCAACCAAUCCAGAUAUACGAAAAGAUAGUUUCGGGGAAAGUACGUUUUCCAUCACAUUUUAGUUCCGAUUUGAAAGAUUUGCUGCGCAAUUUGCUCCAAGUGGAUCUUACCAAACGCUUUGGCAACUUAAAGAACGGUGUGAACGAUAUCAAAACGCACAAAUGGUUCUCGACCACUGAUUGGAUUGCAACUUACAAACGUGAGCGAACACAUUCGUUCUGGGUCGUGAUUCGUGCCUGCGGUAGUGGCGGUGGUGAUGUGAUCACCGUUGGACAGUAG